AUGGUGCGGCAAGUGGAGCAUAUUCUCAACUUCAAGGGCUCAAUCAAAGGGAGAAGAGUGAUCAACCGGGAUAGGGUGUACGAAGCAAAACUACUGCAUAUGGACUACUUUGCUCCCAAUCCUACUUUCCCUGAUGAUCCAUGGUUUCGUCGCCGUUUUUGCAUGUGGAAAUCAUUAUUUUUACGCAUUGUGGAUGAAGUGGAGGCACAAGACGACUACUUCAAGCUCACAAGGGAUUUCUGUGGACAACUCUCUUUCUUUGCCAAGCGGAAGUGCACGAUUGCUCUGAGGAUGCUUGCACUUGGUACUGCUACCGAUGCCAUUGGACACAGAGAAGUUGUGGCUAUUGGAGAGGCAAGGGGGUUUCCAGGAAUGCUUAGAUCAAUUGAUUGCAUGCAUUGGAAAUGGAAGAACUGCCCCAAAGGUUUUGGAGGAAUGUAUCAAGGUCACACAAGAGAGGCCACCAUCAUACUAGAGGCGGUGGCAUCACAUGACUUACGCAUUUGGCAUGCUUUCUUUGGAAUAUCGGGGUCUCACAAUGACAUCAACGUGCUUCAACGAUCUCCGGUGUUCAGGAGGCUUUGCAGUGGGGAAUCACCGCCAUGCAACUACACUGUCAACGUCCUAGAGUACAACAUGGGAUACUAUCUUGCCGAUGGUAUCUAUCCGCAGUGGGCGGCGUUCGUGAAGACUGUAUCUGAACCACAUGGCAAUAAACGGAGCCACUUUGCAACAAUGCAGGAAGCGGCUAGGAAGGCUGUGGAGAGGGCAUUUGGUGUGCUUCAAGCUCGUUGGAGAAUUAUGCGGAGCACUGCAAUGAUGUGGGAGUCAGAAACUUUGUGGCAGCUGAUGACAUGUUGUGUUAUUCUGCACAAUAUUAUCGAGGAUGAGGGUGAUGGUGUAGCCCAAACCCAUGAUUUUGAAGCACCUGGAGAACAGGUUGAAAUUCCGGAAGAUCAAGAUGCGGCUCAGCUUAUGAACUUUCUGCAGAUGCAUCUGAAUCUUCGAGAUCAUCAGGUGCACAUGCAGCUACUCAAUGAUCUUGUGGAGCACAUGUGGACCCACAAUGGCAACCAAGGAGCUAAUGCUUGA